ACCGCGCCUCUUCUGUCAGGUCUCCCAGCCUGACUCCCACCCUCUCAACCGGCUGCAGAACAACCUCUCCAGGAUGGUCUGCCUGCGCGCACCGGGAGCUGCGGGCGCCCUUAAAGCAACAGUUUUCCUCCUCAACAUUAUCUCCGCUGUGGUGGCGAAGAGACACGUGGUUUACUGGAACUCUACGAACACAAGGUUGACAGCGGGAGAUCUGUCUGUCCAGUUGAAUCUCAAUGAUUACCUGGACAUCUACUGCCCCAGCUAUCCUGAAUCAGGGAGUUUGGUUCCAGAGCAGCCGGAGACUCUGGUCCUUUACCUGGUGGAGGAGGAGGCUUUCAAAGGCUGCGUGGAAACCAAAAAGGCCGUCAAGAGGUGGGAAUGCAACACCCCGUUUGCUCCGUUUGGACCAGUCCGCUUCUCUGAAAAGAUCCAAAGGUUCACCCCAUUCUCGCUUGGCUUUGAAUUCCUGCCAGGGAGACACUACUACUACAGCUCUCUGCCGACAGAUGAAGGCCCUCCUCUGCCAUGCAUGAAGAUGCGUGUCACAAUAUGCUGUGAGCCCACAUCAGAGGGCUCAAAACAAAUACAAGGAACAAAACCUCGCAGCAGUGUUGUCUCACUGAGGACCACUUCUCUUCCGCUCUUCAUCUCCAUCCUCUUACUGCUGAUCACCUGACUCAUCUGUCCUCAGUGUCUGCCUGCGCUCCAUGGGUGCAGUCUCUGACAUCUAAAGGAAGAAUAAAACUGUGCUGACAACAAAUGGCAAAGUGCAAUCUCUGCCAGACUAAGCCAGCGACAUUAAUGACUGGUUAAAAAUCCAGGCAGGACGAUGGUUUCUCCGGACCACAGUGACUCAGGGAAAUGACGCCGAAGUGCAGCAAAGCAUUUCUUCCUGUUUUCUUGCUCUACCUGUUGCCUGUUGUGCAACUACUCAGACAAAAUGUUCUCCAUACGGGAGCCAUCUUAAGACUCCUAUCUCACUUCGAAGCCAGAAGAACAAUGAAAGAAUCAGGUCCUCCUGUGAAGUUUAUUUUUAUUUUUGUGUCUUGUUGGGUUUUUUUUUUUUACUUCUUCUGUUGUUUACUUCCUUUUGAGUGGAAGCCUCCAGUUUAAAAAGUGGCCAAAUAAACAUACUAGUGUAAGGACUGGCUCAGGUUGGAGGUUUUCUGUUUCUCCUCUAAUUUUCUGGACAUGGACUCAACCUCGCACAUUAAUGCCUCAUUAUAAUCACAGCAAAAACAAAUCUGCUCUACUUCCAUCUCAAAGGAAAGGCAUUUUAAAUCUGGAAAGGGCAACUCUGGUAGAAAAGUGAGACUGGGCUCCUGCGCCCCCUGCUGGGAUCAAACUGGUUUUUACUGGUUGAACUGGACUGGACAUACAAGAGGAGACUGGAUGCCGGACUUUGGUUUUUACGGGACAUGGGAGUUGUUCCUAUUUGGGCAACCAGCUCUACGUUAGGUUUACAACCUGCUUUCUGCUUCAGAACCGCCUGAGAAAACGACGGAUUUAUGGGUGAACGGAUUGGAGUUAGAAAGAUAAACGGUGUGCACAUCUGAGCUUUAUGAUUUUAUUUUUAUCGUCACAUGAUUUUUGGUUUCAUGUGGAUAGUUUGUAAAAUUACAUAAAAAUGUGUUGGGUCUAUUUAAAUCAGUUGUUUACUACAGUAACAAUCAGUCUGUAUAAGUUAAUCGUAAAAAUAACACAAACUUGAUUUUUAUGUAAAGAAAAUAACAGAUUUUCAUACUUACAAAUUACUUGUAUAUUAUUUUAUAUGCUGUGCUAAACUGAAUUUACCAAGUUAUUAAGUUGAUUAUUGAAUUUAUAUUCGCAGCUGAAAAGUUUGGCAAGAAUGAAUAAAUAAACUUAGCCUCCCCAAUAUAUUUUUACAUUGAAAUUGGUGAGAACAGAGCUCUUUAUUUUUCCUUAGGAGCUAAGUAUAUAAUUUAACGUUACAUAAUCAUCUUGCUACAUUAUUGGAUUGGCUUACUGUCAGAAAAUGUAAAAAAUUUUCAUACAUUGUUUUCUUGCUUUAAAAAUAUAAUUGUUAGCACUUACUAUUCUCUUUUUUUAUGGUGAAAUAAUCUCAUCAUUUACAUUUUUUAGGUCUUUCAAACAGUUGGGUGUCAAAAUGUUAUUAGCUUUUCCUUUUUUUGUCAGGCUUACUUCCCAAAAAAAUGGUUCUCUUAAGAUUUGGUUUCUCUUCUGUACAGUGUGAGUUUUACAGUCAUGUAAUGGUAGGAUUUAUGGAUUUUUUUUUUUUUUUUAUUGCGUUUCUGCUUUCACAUUUUAGUGAAGGACGUAGCGUCUUCUGUGAAGAGCCAACUGCAAUCUGAGCCGUUUUCUGUGGCAGGACAACAAAUAAAAUACGGUUGCAUUCCAAAAAGCUCGGUCAGUUAUUUAUUUAUUUUUAUUACUUUGGGUCUAAAAUGCAUCGAUUUAUUGGACGCAGCUG